AUGGGGGACCCCACCGGGGUGAGUCCUACCACCGUAGGGGACCCCACCGUGGUGAGUCCUACCACCAUGGGAGAUCCCACCGUGGUGAGCCCCACCACCGUGGGGGGCCGCACCACCAUGGUGAGCCCCACCUCCGUUGGGGGCCCCACCACUAUGGUGGGUCCCACCUCCAUGCGAACCCCCUCCACCAUGGUGAAUCCUACCACCGUGGAGGCCCCCACCACCAUAGUGAGGCCUAUCACCAUGGUGGGCCCCAUCACGAUGUUGCUCACCACCAUGGCGGGCACUCUCCUCAUGAAGCCCACCACCACAGAAGGCCUCUUCAUCAUGGAGAGUGAGCACCACCGUGGCCACCACGAUGAGCACCACCACAAGGAGCACCACCACGGUGAGCACCACCAUGGUGAGCACCACCACGGUGAGCACCACCACGGCCACCAUGGCGAGCACCAGCACAGGGAGCAUCACCACGGUGCACAUCCUCACGAUUAUCUCCAAGGCGAUCACCACUAUGGGGUGCACCAUCAUGGUGGCUCUGAAGUCUUUGGCCCACACAAGUCCUACAGCAUGGCCAGAGCCUCCCUCGACUCCACCCAUUCUUGUGUAUUAGCCCGCCAACCGAGCAUAGGACGCAUACAGAACUUGAUGCGUUCCCGCAGUAUGAUUCAUAUACCGGGCGCACAGGUCUCCAGCAAAGUCCAUCCUCAGGAUUCUUCCUCUAAAUCCUCGGAAAGCUGGGCCGAAGAAGAUGAGCAAUUUCAGAAGCGCAAAGCUGGCCGUACCCAGCGGCCCCACAAGAAGCUGCACACCUUGUACCUCUGCUAUUGGUUGUGGGAAAAAUUAAGCUACUUCAUUCAGGACCUCAGGAGAAUGCUCAGGAAUCUGAUUGAGUCCCUGGCCUUCGAAGCCUUCAUCUUCCUCGUUGUCUGCCUCAACACCAUCAUGCUGGUGGUCCAGACCUUCGCUGAAGUCGAGAUCCGGGGCGAGUGGUACUUCAUGGCCUUGGACUCCAUUUUCCUCUGCAUCUACGUGGUGGAAGCUCUGCUCAAGAUCAUGGCUCUGGGCGUCAAUUAUUUUUAUAACUCCUGGAACAAUCUGGAUUUCUUCAUCAUGGUCAUGGCAGUGCUGGACUUCAUGCUCAUGCAGCUCAACUACCUCUCCUCACGCACCAUCUACCACCAAAGCUUUCGGAUCUUCAAGGUCUUCAAGAGCCUGCGGGCCCUGAGGGCCAUCCGGGUCCUGCGGAGGCUCAGCUUCCUGACCAGCCUCCAGGAAGUGACCGGGACCCUGGCCCGGUCCCUGCCGUCCAUCACUGCCAUCCUCAUCCUCAUGUUUACCUGCCUCUUCCUCUUCUCUGUGGUGCUGCGAGCCUUGUUCCGCCAGUCUGACCCCAAGCGCUUCCAGAACAUCUUCACGACCAUCUUCACCCUCUUUACCCUGCUCACCCUGGACGACUGGUCCCUCAUCUACCUGGAUAGCCGGGCCCAGGGCGCCUGGCACAUCAUCCCCAUCCUCAUGAUUUACAUCAUCAUCCAAUACUUCAUCUUCCUCAACCUGGUGAUUGCUGUCCUGGUGGACAACUUCCAGAUGGCACUGCUCAGAGGCCUGGAGAAAGUGAAGCAGGAGAGGGCCGCCUGGAUCCAUGAGAAGCUGCUGGAUGACUCACUGACAGAGCUCCGCAAAGCAGAGCCUGUAGAGGAGAUGAGUGAACACACCAAACAGAAGCAGCUCAUGGAGAAGAAAUUUGGGACCAUGACUGAGAAGCAGCAAGAGGUGCUCUUCCACUUUCUGCAGCUGGUGGCCGGGGUGGAACAUUAUCAGCAGAAAUUCCGCUCCCAGGCAUCCGUCAUUGACGAGAUUGUCGACACUACUUUUGAGGCUGGAGAAGAGGACUUCCGGAAGUGACCCCUGGGGAGGGACACCGGAUGCAGACUUCAACCUCUGGCAAGUUUCCCACCAGAGUAGGUCAGGACAAGUGCCCAAAUCUUCUGGAAUGGUCAUCAGGACUGCAGGGCUGGGCCCCGACAGUUUUAAAACCCUAGGUGGCUCUGUGUCCUCACUGGCUGGGCCAA